AGAUCACGUGAUCUGUUACAUUCAAAAUGGCGGAAACGUGGUUCGGUUAGAUUUGUUCAGUUCAGAAACAGUUGAUGGAAUAAAUAAAAUGAAUAAAUUUUAAAAACAAUUAUUUCUUGAUUAUCAAUGAAACGUAACAUUACAAUCAGCUGACUAUGACUGAUUCUCCCGAUUUGCCCAACGAUGUCACCGAACUGCAAGAGAUGGUUCGAACUUUGCAAAGCGAGUUGGCACAGACCAGUCAGGAACGUGUUCAGGCUGCCGAAUACGGAUUAAGUAUUUUGGAAGAGCGUGACAACUUACAAACGUCCUACGAUGAAUUGGAAUCAAUUUAUGAAAACACAAAACAUGAGUUAGAAUGCGCUCAAGAGGCGCUUACUACUGUUCAACGUUCACAAAGAGAGACCAAUACAGCUGGUCAACAGGCCGAAGAAAAAUUGCUAGUUGAAAGUGCGACAAGAGAAGCUUUAUUACAAGAAUCUAUAAAUCAGUUAGAAAGCGAAACACGGAAUAUUCGAGCAGACUUGGAAAGAGCUACAGCAGAGAAUGAAAAACUAGGAGCCAGGUGCUACGAAGUAGAGUCACUUUUAUCGGAAAGCGAAUCUGAAAGAUCGUUACUCCGCAAAGAUAUUCGCGAAUUAAAGCAACGGGAAAGCAGGACAUUGCAGGAUGUUACUGAUCUUGAAGAUGAGAAUGUUACCUUACAAAAGCAAGUCUUAAGUUUGAAACAAGCUCAAGUUGAAUUUGAAGCAGUUAAACAUGAAAGAUCUAGAUUACAAGAUGAAGUUAACCAAUUAAGGAUGGAAGGUGAAGAGUUAAUACAGUUACGCGCCAUUGUUGAACAAAAUUUGGAGGAAGCUUUAAAAACUGUACAAUACGAACGUGAUCAAAAGCAUAUGAUGAAGAAAGAGUUGGAUAGAGCAAAAAAUGAACAAGAGAAUUAUGCAACAUUCUCGGCUCUUGCUUCUCAAUUGUCUCUAGAUUCAGGAAAUGGUGCAGAUUCCAAUUCAGAUGCGCCACAAGUUGGUCAUUUAUUUUCUGAAGUUCAUACCUCAGAGGUUCGUCAGCUUCAACAACAAUUAGAAUUAGCUCAAUCAGAACGUACUAAACUACGAAGUCAAUUAGACGAAAUACAAUCACAGUUGGAAAAUAAAAACAGAGAGUUAAGCGGCCUACAAAAAUCAAAUGAAAAGUUGAAAGAUAUUAGGCAACUAGAAGAAAAGUUACAUACUCUUGAGAAGAACUUGAACGACAUUACAUAUUCAGAAAAGAAAGCAAGAACUUGUAUUUCUAAAACAAGUGACGAUAUGGAAAAACUUUGUGAACUUUUGGGUCAACUCUAUCAUCAUGUUAGUGAAGUUCUUGGUUUAACGCCUGAUAGAGUCAUGCUAGAUCAUGUACAAAAACGCAGAAAAAUGGUUAAAAGCAAUUCCACAGAAUCAGCUUCAAUGAAUGGUGAAGAUUCAUAUGCCGAAGAAGAAACUUGCUUAGAGUUAAUGUCCACUUUAUUCGAUCAAGUAAAUCAUAUCGAAAGAGCAGUCCAUCGUGUAUUGGAAGAAGCUUCCAAUUCAAAAAUGACUACCAGCAUGCAAGCAAAUGAUUCCGAAGAUGUAAAUGAGUUACAAGAACAAAUUGUAAAAUUAAAAGCUAUGUUAAGUUCGAAAAGAGAACAGGUUGCAACUUUGCGGUCUGUUUUAAAAGCAAACAAGCAAACCGCAGAGGCAGCUUUAGCAAAUCUUAAGAGAAAGUACGAUAAUGAGAAAGCAGUAGUUGCCGAAACAAUGGUGCGGCUAAGAACUGAGUUAAAGGCUUUAAAACAAGACGCAGCAACUUUUGCUUCUCUUCGAGCCAUGUUUGCUCAAAGGUGUGACGAAUAUGUUACUCAAUUAGAUGAAUUGGCUAGACAUGUUGCCGCAGCAGAAGAAGAAAAGAAAACACUAAAUUCAUUAUUAAGAAUGGCCAUACAACAGAAAUUAUCUCUGACUCAAAAAUUAGAAGAUAUGGAAUUUGAUAAAGAGAAAAGGAGAAUAGGUCGAGUUGUUCCAACGACAGCUGCACAUGGCCUACAGUCAAGUAGUAGCAAUUCUCGAUCGAACAGACACUAA